AUGAGAUGUGUAACAACAGUCUCAUAUUCCAUCAUCAUUAAUGAGCAGCCUACAAGGCCAUUUCAAGCUAAGAAAGGACAGAGACAGGGAGAUCCCCUAUCUCCUUAUCAAUUUGUAUUGGUUAUGGAGUAUCUGACUAGACUACUGAAGACACUCAAGAGGGAUCCUAAUUUCAAUUACCAUCCUAAAUAUACUAUAUCUGUCCAGCUACUGUAUCAGUGUUUUCAGGAUUUUUCAAAGGCAUUAGGUUUUGUGGCUAAUGCUGACAAAAGCUCUAUAUGUUUUGGUGGAGUGCAUGAAGACAAGCAACAUGAGAUUUUACAAAUCCUAGGAUUUGUAAAAGGGACACUACCAGUCAGAUACUUGGGAGUGCACUCAGUUCUAAGAGAUUAUCAUUGGAAGAAUUCAACUAUUAAAAGUGUACUUUUCUCUAUCCAAGUGUUCUGGUUCUAUGUGUUUCUAUUACCAAAGAAGCUGAUCCAGUUUAUUGAAAGUGUGUGUCGAACAUUUCUAUGGACUGAAGGUGUGGAAGUAUCACAGAAAGCAUUAUUAUCAUGGGACAAGUUGUGCCAGCCUAAAGCAGCAGGUGCCCUAAAUUUGCUUGAUAUAGGGAAACAGAAUUCACUAUGGAGCAUUGACCCAAAGCAAGCCUCAUGGAUUGUACAGAAGGUGCUGAAAGCCAAACAAUACUUUGAGGAAGCUGGUUGUACAGAGGAGGAUGUAGAGGGAAUGAGGAAGUUCUCCUUCAAGACCAUGUAUGUGAAGAUUAGAGGUGAAUUUGCUAGAGUGUCAUGGAGGAAACUGGUAUGCAAUAAUGCUGGGUUGCCAAAGUGGAUUUUCACAGUAUUUCUGGCUGCACAUAGAAGGCUGUUAACUAAAGAUAGAUUGAGGGGAUGA